GCACAAGCUGCCUCACCGAGCACGACAGUCCUCGGAAGUUACGUACCUGUCAGGAAGUAUCUCCUACGCAUAGCUACUCACGCCGACAACUAUGGCAUCUUCAAGUCAGGCCCCUCCACCAGGGGAGGGCAGUGGAUCCGGGAGUGGUGGACGACGAGUACCGCAAUGCUACUCGUGCAAGCAUUAUGGACAUUAUGCUCGCGAUUGUGGACUCUAUUGGAAAGAAGAGAAUGAAAGAGCCGAUCGCAAGAGGCUGGAGAGUGAAGAAGCGGGAGCGGCGCAAUCCCUUAAGGUGGACCAACCACGUGCAAGGUCGGCCUCGCCGAGACGUCGGUACUGGGAGCCACCUCGAAGAUCACCAUCCGCUGACCGCUAUGCUUCCAGAUAUGAAACUCCAAAGGAAGUCAAGGAUCCAACCAGUGAGCUGGUAUCGAUGCUGUUGGCGAAGGAGGCAGCUAAGGAACUGAGAAAAAAGGAGAAGGAGGAACGGAUGAAGAAGCGACAAGAGGCGAUCGAGAAGGAAGAGAAGCAGAGACAAAGAGAGGAGAAGAGGCAAUGUGAGAAACUGGAGAAUGACUUACGUGUAGCCAGAAUCAUUGAUACGCAGAUUUCCAAGCGUUGGGGCCCCGUCCGGGCUGUGCAAAAUCAGGAAGAGAAGCAGGGGCGUAAGAAAAGGAAGAGAACUUUGCAUCGUAAAUUGCGACCGCUUCAACCGCGAGAAGGAACAGAUACGGAGGAGGAGAUUGCAGCCAUUAAUGCGGGUACUGAACACAUGGAGCUUGGAAGCUCGACGAGUUCGGAGGAUGAGGUUUCCCCUGCACCGACUCCGCUUACAAAAACAUCUAGGAAGAUGUACGGUACAGGGAGACGCCGAGGCAGACCGCAUACCUUCCCUGUUGCACCGCGCAACAUCGCGAAGGAGAUCGUUCCCACACCGGGACCUGAUGCACGUGGAAGAUUCGUCCGGGAGCAGAAGCUGAUGUUGGAGACCUUGGAUUAUAAGGAGGUGAAGGAGAUUUGCAAGAAGGAACAUGUUCCUUAUGUUCGGAAGCAUCAAGCUAUUGAGGACCUGGCUGAACGACGUGCUGCGGCUGCUUUCGGGAGAAUGAAGCAGGCUCCUACACCGGCGACGCACGCAUCGGAUCCAAUAUCCAGCAGUACGGACACCGCCUCAACCUCAUCUGAGGAAGAAGGUGACAGCAGUGAAAGUGAAGUGUGAGGCUCUUUGCGAACAUGUGAACUAUGGUCGAUUUGUCGUGAGCUUAUUCGUAAGCGUGAGUUGAGUUCUCAUGUUGAUGGUGAGCUGGAGACUAACCUACGUUGGGUUGUUUCUGCUUUAGUGACACGUGGAUGUCUACCUUGGGGGGAUAAGUUCGUCGUCGAUUGGAACAGGCUCUGUCUAGGAAGUGACGAGGGUAUAGGGAAGGGUGAUGAGUGUGUAUACGUGGGAAUCUCACCGUUUUGCAAAUCUGUGUACAUCGGAAAAACAGACAGGGAUAUUGACGUUAGGUGGAGUGAACACCGGAACCGGAGCAGUAAUGAAGUUGCCGUUUGUCA